AUGAUUAGCAAUUUAAAACCCGACCCAUGCGAUAUCCCACCUGCGCACACAAUCGAAGCGACGAUAUUCCAUGAGUUCAAAGGCUUGCUGAAGGACAUAACCCCGAGCCAAGCAAACUUCUGGAAAAUUGGCCAAAGAUUGGACACAGUCCCAAACACUACGGUCGAAAACAUUUGCGUGCAUGCUAAAAUCGAUAGAUCCCAACUUACUCGCUACCUCAUUAAGCUUUGUGAAUGCGGUGCCUUUUCCAAUCCUGGAUUUGGAGCUACAUCUCGGUUUCCAGAACUUUUUCCGGGGGGCGAGGCAUCACCGAAAAUAUUACUCCAAGAAAAAACUACUUCUCAAGUUAAUAUUCAAGUCGGUGGCCCUAUAGCGGAUACUCCUGAUACCCCUGAUGGACCAGGCUGUCAACCUCGGUUGGGUGAAACUGAAAAUCAGCCACACUCCGGCCGGGAAGGAGCAAAACCGCGGUCUGGGUUGGCUACCGAUAGCGGUCGUAUGGGAUACAAAAUUUUUAGAACUAUAGGAUGGCACAACACUCAUCAACGUUCAGGUGUUUUUGAUCCCUCGCCGUCAGAGCUGGCAGAACUUAUCGUGGGGCCUGGGCCCGAUACUGAGUCAGAAAUUGAAAACGAUAUCGACCUUGAUCUGGAGCUUGAGGGUAGCGAUAGUGACUCAAGUACAGUAGUUUCCAUAGGAAGCAACUUUAACAUCUUAAGUACCGCCCUAAUCGCACCUCCAGAUACAUCCUCAAUCUUCCUUUCGUAUCCGACUCAACAUAUCAUCCUUACGUCAGCACAAUUCCUUCUCGAACAAUCUUGUCAUGCUUUCAUACAAAAAUGGUAUCCGCAAAGCCUACUCGCCGAUGGGUUUUCAGAACCCGAAAACUCUGAGCUGCCAAGGUGGUUUAAACUUAUCAUGCUUCGGCUACCGUAUUUACCAGUAGAAGCAAUCAACCUCAAAGUCCUGCAAACUCCUGCCGCUCGGAGGUACUCUACGAUUGAUAUCAUUUUUAGUCAUCUUAAAUGGAUGCGACAUUCAGCCGUUCAUCGAAUAAAGAAGGAGUCUAAGAGCAUAGUAGAUAUGCUCCAAAGUACGAUUAUUUUUGCGAAGUUUCUGAAAGACGAUGAAGCAAGGAUUGGGAGAUUUCAAAGACUUCUAGAAAAGACACUUUCGCUCUUUGAAGAAUUAAAAAAUGAAAAACAAACCCUACGGGAAAACCUAGAGAAAGAGUUGCUAAAAAUCAAAAAGUCUCGAGAAAUUUUGACUUACAGGGAGAAGAUGAUGCGGGUGAGAAUCUGGAGGGAGGAUAGCGCUAUCCGAAAAGGUAUUACUUUUGAUAUUAAUGAGAUCCUGGAUGGCCCAGAAUCAGGGAAUGGAUCCAUUGGGGUUGAUGGAGUUGACGAACCCGAAUCCGGACGACCAAAUAGAGCAACGCAGAUUGGGUGUACAGCCGAGCCAGGUACACUCUCGCGAUUGACCCUCCGUAUAUUUGGAAACUAUUUGUCGAGCGUUGGAGGAAGUUGGCGGAAUGUAGUAGAAGAAGGGGAUCAGGAUGCCCGGGCAGAAAACACUGUAGGUGCCGGUUCGGUAUCGGAUGAUAGACCUCAAGGUCAAGAUUCUAUGGAAACAUUUUAUUCGCAGUUACCGUGA